AAAGUAGUUUCAUCUGAAUUUUAUUUGACACAUGACAAGAUAAGUUUUAUCUGAGAGCAAAUUUUGAAUCUCAUGUGAAUAUUUUCAAUUUGGUUUCUUAAUUUAUGAUAUGUCCACGUUUAAAAAUGAGUACCUUUAUCCAAACUAUAAAAGAUUCGAUUUUGGUGUACCCUUGGAAGAUAUUUUUUCCAUCAACGAUAUCCAUCCCAGGUUGAAGUAUCUACUGCAGCAAGCCUACACAAAAUCCAAGAACAUUAAUUUCAAUAUUGGCCGGUUAUUGGGUGAUUUCAAGGUGCCCUUAGAAGAGUGUCUUAAACUGAAAGAAAUACUCGUCUCUGAAGUUCAUUAUAAGUCCUACCGUUUUGACCAACCUGAAACUUAUUUUUGGUUGAUUCGGCACUUUUUGGGCUUACUACCAAUUUCAUUAUUGCCAAAAUAUGCUGGUGGUUUCGUUUUCGAUUGGGAAGUACUAGCAAAAAACAGUAAAAAUAUAAUAUGCUAUGAUAGAAGGAACCAAGAUGAAAAAAAAUUGUUGGAUUACCUUAUUGCCAAGUCUUUGAAUAAUUUACCAGCUCAACAUUUACUGCUGUUCAGUGUUUUAAUAAUUUUUUUUCUGAAAGUGUCACAGAGGCUCGUAAAACCAUAUGGACUGAACAGACAGACUUUGUUGAGUUUGCUUCAAUAUUAUUGUGGAUCAAUUUUCACAAGACCUUAUAGACCUGGAUAUGGAGAAAGUAAAGAUAAAGUGAUGAUUCAUUUUCUUCUCUAUGUGACAGUAAGAUGGAAUAAAAUACAGAAAUAUUUGGGGUCAAAUGGAAGUUUCACAUUUAUCGACAAUACAUCUAUAGAUAAUGAGUUAUUUACUCCAAGAACAUCAUUGAAUCAACAUUAUACACCUUGGGUUCAGGCCAAAAAAUAUCUCAAAGAUGUAUAUUCCCAAACAGAAGAAAAGAAAUGUAAAACGUCUGAAGGAGCUAUAACAGAUGUUGUUGAGCACACAGUAUUUGACAGUUUGGAUAUAGAUCAAAAUGAAAAUAUAUCUGGAGAAAUUACUGAUCUACCAGAAAAUAGUUUUUAUGUUACUGCUAACCAAGAUGAAGUAUUCCAAUCUGAACACAGCAUUGAUAGCGCCAAUCCAGCGGAUGUUGUUGAUAAUGAAAAGAGAGAUGUUGAAGAUGAUAGAAAUCACAUCAGUUUUCCAAGCUCUUUAGAUACCAGUAACCAAAUUGAAUGGAAAGACGUGAUUGAUGAAACCGAUGCAACUAUAAAAAAAGUUGAUGGAUACAUGUAUGAUGACUACGACACUUUCAAAGAUGAAGAAUAUAAUCAGAUAUCUGACAAUAAAAAGAAUACAUCAAAACUCCGUGAUAUGUUUCAAACGGUUUGGAUGCAUUCCACACCAAAGAGGCCUCUUCAUCAUCAAAGUGAAGUCAAAACUGUUCGGUCAGAUAUAAUACCACAUGAUACAUCCUAUUUUAAAUUUCCUGGCAUUUUCAGUGGAGAAACCGAGUCUCUCAAAAAUCUUAUGUAUGUGCUAGAUGAUAACAAGAAUGAGAUUGGAGUAUCUCCAGGAACUUCCAGAAGUUAUAACAAUUCCAAGGAAUGUUUAUGUAGUAGUAGGAAGCCAGAAUUCCCGAACGAAUAUAAAAAUAAAGGAAGCAAAGACAAAACGAAUUUCAAUUUGAAAAGAUUCAAGAUGAAAUUGCAUUUCUUGAGAGUGUUUUCAUCAGACACUACUGCGAAUUUGACUGGUGGAUUCAGACUGGGUAGUAAUGUUAGAUAUAAAAAAUUCAAUGAAAUGAAAUCUUUCACUCUUUGAGACUUUCAGUGUCACUUUCUGUUUGUAAUUAUAAUUGAAUAAAUUUUAGUUUUACCUUAUACUGAAAAAAAACCUUCCAAAAUGUUUGUUGUGUGGUCGGAAUAUAAUGGAAUUCUCAAUAGAAUCACAUGUUCAUUAACUUUUCUUGCUUUUUUGUUUCAAUAAAAUUUCAAUUUUA